CAUUUACCAAGCCUUGAGUAAGCUGACGUGGUCCAGGGAAAUUGCCUUGAUAGCAAUCCGUCUCUGCAUAAUACAGGUCUCGACUUUUGCUUGGACAUUAUCCUUCGAUAGACUCCGACCCGUGCGUCGUCUUGAAUUGUAAUUAUUCUCCCCGAAAGGACCUUUGCGACCGAGAUGGCCUUUUUCGAAGCCUCGAGAAGCAGGGAGCGCAAUUCUGGAGAACGAUUUCAACCAACAUCUUACUCUGAAACCUUGUCUGAACUGGUCGAUCAGUUUCACAAUUUCGAUGAAACUGACGUUUACGAUGACUACAUGAACCGAGCUGUGGAAAACAAAACAACGAAUUUCGUCAUCCGCAUUAGUCUUCAUGGCGCACACAUCGCUACCAGCCUCAGGGACCAAGAUAUAGCCGCGUUGCUGGAUCUAAAAUCCAACGAUGGUUUGGGUUCGAUAGCAGUCACUUGGAUCCAUUUUUGGACAGUGGAAGCUUGCUACAAUGCAAUACGAAAAGUCUCCGAGCACUACAAUUUCUUGGAGGAACUGGAGCGUGCUAUAUUCGCUCGCGACGACUUGACCAAUGAGUUCUUGGGGGCUUUAUUCGCUCGCGACGACUUGGACAAGGAGUCGUUGAGGAAGAUGGGAUUUCCCGCUGAAGUUGACGAGAACGGCAACUUUAUGGUCAAGCUCUUGCAGCCUAGGAACAAGCACACAGCCAUAUAUCAUAGUUCUAAUUAUUUAUGCGUUGGGGCUUACUGGUUGUAUAAAGGCCCAAGCGAGUCACAUUCUACGGGAUCCUUCCAUGGCACCUCUGACAACCUGAGCCUACCUGAAUAUACGAAUUACUCUAGGCAGCCGAAGAGCUGGGCCUGGUAUAUUGUAACGGACGAUUACACCGUCAUCUCCAUCCAGGAAGCAUCGGUUGAUAAACAAGUCCCAGAAAAUAUCACAAGGGACAGAAUGACCGAUCUCAAACUUCAGCACCUUCGAAAUAUGCGUCAGCAUAUCCAGGCCACGUUGGGGCAGCUCUCCCAAGUCGGCGCAACGCGUCCUAAUUCUCAUUAUCCUUCUCCCUUGAACAUCAGAGACUUGGAGCGAGACAGAACACCCAUACUUGGAAAGACUGGCACGAGUAAUGCCAAAGACUAUUGGGCUGCAGACGUCGCUGCAACCAUAUUCCACUGUCUCAUCAACAACUAUUCAGUGGGCAGCUCUAUCCUUCUUGAGUCGAACCGCAUCCGAGAUCUCAUCUUUUCAGGUGUAUUAAGCGCCAAAGACAAACCCAGGAGAUUUUGGGACCACUCCGACCUGACCAGAAUGAAACAGACGCAGCAGCAAGUACUCGAGGACCUGAAAUUGCUCUUUCGUGCCCAUGAGAGGUUGCUCAAGGUUAUUAUCAACCUCGAGUUUGGUACUCCUGACCUGGAAUGCCUGGAAGGUUAUCCCAUUGUGUUAAAUGACAGAUGGGAUCUCGAGGUACUCUCACCUUGCAGCGGGCCCAUGCCUCGCGGGGUGAAACUUCCUCAAAAAAUCUACUAUCGGUUCGUACGACUUUACGAUGAUAUGCAUUGGCCAAAGUUUGCUCUCGAGUCGCACCCAAUUGGUUCACACGGGCCCUUUCUAGAUGAAAUUGAUCGGCUUCUCGAAGACUUCAGCGAGUUGUCAGUGAUCAUGUUUGGCAUGAAAGCAAUCAAGGAUUCUCGACAAAUCCACACAGCGGCCCGGAGCGUGUCAAUGCUUUCCAAACUAUGGAUAUUAUUUAUGCCGUUAUUCACGGUGACUGCCAUCUUCUCAGUCAAAAUACCUGACGUUGCGGAUCAUCCCAAGGUAUAUCCCAUUGCCCUGGGCGUGGUGGGGGCAUUGAGCGUGCUGUUCUUAUUUGUUAACGGAGUUAUGGGGAGGAUAUGAGUAUAUAUCUUUGGUCUAGCUAUUCAUUGGAACGUGGUAGGAGUGCUCGAUUGCAUCAUAGAGCCCGGAACUGUGUCAU